AGCGUUUAGCAGUAGAUGGUGAAGACGUCUUGUGUUUAGACGUGUUUAGACGUGUCUGGAUCUCGUGAUUGUAGUGCAGCUGCCUAGAAAAUGAGGAUGUAGAUGUUUUAAAGACAAGUUUCGAGUAAAGCAGAAACGCUCAACAUGUGAUGAGUUCCUCAGUUUAAUGUCACAUGUGAAGUUGAUGUACAGUCGAGCUCGUGGUCUCAUCACAGCAAGAAUGUUUGUGUUUGUUUUUCUCCUGAUAUUCCUCCUGCGGCCAGCAGAGGGCGCCAACGCCACAAUCUCCUGCAUUGACGACCAGGGAAACGCAGUGGAUUGGUUCUACCUUUAUAAACUGCCGCGUCCUCAUGAGCAGCCCCCGGAGGAAGGUCUGAAGUACCUGCUGCUGGCGGAGCAGAGCGAAGGCUGGACGGAGGGCGGAGGUCUGGUGGGAGACGUGACGGGGGCUUUGGGGCGGAGCCUCGGGCCGCUGUAUGAGAAUGGUGACCUGGGGUACAUCCUGUACAACGACCAGCCCCCGGAGCAGCGGCGUGUGGACGACACAAACAGAGGUGGACACACUAAAGGUGCGGUUCUGUUCGACAGCACACAGGGGUUCUGGUUGGUCCACAGCACUCCUCAUUUCCCACCUCUCAAAACCGAGGGCAAGUUCUCGUACCCCAACUCGGGCAUCAACAACGGACAGAACUUCAUCUGUGUCACUUAUCCUCUGGAGCGCUUCGAUACCAUCGGCGAGCAGCUGCAAAUAAAUCAGCCGCACAUCUACGACUGUGACGUUCCCGAGUCUCUGGUGUCGUCGGUGCCCAGCAUGGCCGCGCUGUGUAAACACCGAAACGGGCAGAAAAACUCUACAGUCACGGACGCUUCCUUCUCCUCGCCCAAUCGCAGCGUCUCACUGCUCUCGCGGGCUGGGACGCAGUUCAUCAGCUUCGCGAAAGGAGCUUCUUUCAAGAACGACCUGUACCACGCCUGGGUGGCUCCUUCGCUGCAGACAGAUCUGCUGGUGCAGUUCUGGCGUCGCUCCGCCGGCGUCCUCUCGUCCGACUGCUCCGCCAGCUGGAAGGUUCUGAACGUGGAACAGCUCUCUCCCGGAGGCCGAGUCACCUACAAAACCACGGAGGAUCACUCCAAAUGGGCGGUGAGCGCGGGAGGAGGCGGGCUGAGGGGCGGGGCCUGGGUGUGCGUGGGGGACAUUAAUAGGAACCAGGCAGAGGAGGCGCGAGGGGGCGGGACCGUGUGCCGGCAGGACGUUGUCGUCUGGAAGGCGUAUCGAGCAGCGGCGCUGGAGUGUGAGUCGUGUACAGGGAAGGUGGAGAAGUGCGAGAGCACACGGCUUUACGACUGACACGUAGCGCUACACACUAAGUGCAAAAGUUUGUGCACCCUUAGCUCAAAAAGAUGACAUGAGUGUCUGUUUUUUACAACUGCGUUUGAUUUAAUGAAUAUGUCCAGGUUAAUAUAUAAAUAUUAUAGUGAUCAAAAUAUUCGAUAAUAAAAUUACUUGUAAUAAUAGUUCAGCACACACACACACACACACACACACACAGAAAUCCACUUUAUUAGCGCUUUUUUCUUUUUACUCUUUUCGUUUUUUUUCCUCUUACUCGCUUGCAGCGAACAGUUUGAGCCAGUAUUAAACUUUUAAUGCCUUAUUUAAGGCAAAAAGAUAAAAAUGAUGUUUUUAGGUCAUUAAAUUUGAUUAAUGAGGGAUGUUCAAAAUAAUGACUUGAAGAGCGCCGCUUCACUGCGGAGCAAUGUUUUUACUAGCAGGAUGAAAUUAAAUUUCUCUUGAAUUUUGCACCUGAAAGAAAAGAGGGGUGUGAAAACUUUUGCACUUAACUUUACACUGGGGGGGAAAAAGCAGAAAAACGAAGCUGUACAGUAUAACGGUACGUAACGGAACUGGGCGAAGAUUUUAUUUGUUUUUUUCUAUGUUCUUAUUAGUCAUUAUUAGAAAUAAACAAGAUUUAAUUUUCUUUUAUUUUAAAAUGUGAUGUUUAUCAUUUAUGAACUUUCUCAGGGAGAUGAGACUUAAAAUACUACUUUUUUUUUUUUUUUUUUUUUUGGUUGAAAAGUGAUUCUGAAUUUUUUUGUGUCAUGUAAUAAAGACAUAAUAAUAAUAAUCUGUAUUUCUGAU